GAGGGUUGUCAUGGGCCAACGCGAUUCGGACACGAGCGCACACGUGCGCUCAGUGCGCGCAACCUCAUUCUUUGUGAUCGUACGUACCACUCGGUGCAAAUAACCUAACCUAUCUGAAACCCAGUAACUGGCAUCUGCUGGCAGCCACAGGCAGGUCCGUACUGCCACAGCGGAGGCCAGAGAUAUCGCCGGAUCGCGACCGUUUCGAACCGAGUGGAAUCGAGCGGACACCGACUUCGAUCCACGAUCCAACUUUCAGUCUAACCUCAACAGAAGCGGACCGUGAACCGACGAAUGUUGCUCGGACUCGCCAUCCGCGAACGCUCGUAGCGUUCACUUGACAGUUUCAUUUAGUUACAUGUCUUCGGAUCUCACGAGUACCCUCUAAGAAACAUAGUCAGGCCGAUGGUGCAGAUUGGCCAUUUUCUUCGUCUGCCGCAGCAAUGGUGAGACGAAGAUUAGGGCGAAAGGCGAGUGCUUCUACCAGUGUGAGUGCCCCCAGUACCACCGAAAGUUCAGAGAGCAACUUCGGUCGCCUAAAUGACGGAAGCUCGACGAGCGUUACAUCGGUGACUCCUGCCCUGCGGCGCAUGACUCGUGAACAGCUUAAGGGCUUGCUAAAGGAACGCGGUCUGCCUGUUUCGGGAAACAAGACAAACAUGAUCAAUCGACUGGGGGGAACCAUGCUGAGCAAUGCCACUGCCAUUCGACGGUCCAAAGAACCGUCGUCCACCUCUACGAAUGGUGCUCAGCAAAGUGUCAUCGAGAAACCAAUCCAGAGAGAAGGGACUGCGAAUAGGAUAUGCAGCGAUGACUGCGAAAUAGAUUCAGAAUGCCUAACACUCUGGAAACAUCCGAUUGCUACUUUAAGCUAUUUCUUACAAGAACUGUUCAUCGACUGUAUGAGUCUGGCGAGGAAGACUUUACAGUAUAGGCGAUUAGUGUUGACCGUAGUCAUAUUCACCGUGUCGUUUCUUAUAUUGAGUAGAGUAUCCGGUCCCCAGCAACAGACUUUCAAGAACUGGGAGACCAAACUUAUAUGGUGGUUAUACUGGGUAGGUCUUGGGGUAUUGUCCAGUGUUGGUCUGGGUACUGGAUUGCACACCUUUGUGUUGUACCUAGGACCGCACAUAGCAUCGGUUACGAUGGCUGCGUAUGAGUGCGGAGCACUCAAUUUUCCUGAGCCUCCCUAUCCCGAUCAGAUUGUGUGUCCUUCAACGAUAGAUCCUACUUGGACGGCAGGGAUAUUAAAUAUCAUGAGGAAAGUACGUGUUGAAGCGAUGCUGUGGGGUGCUGGCACGGCACUGGGUGAAUUGCCACCAUACUUUAUGGCAAGGGCUGCUAGGAGGAGUCGCAGAAAUGAUGCGACGGAAGCCUGCAAUCAAGAGGAUCUCAAAGAAUUACAAGCACUGGAAGCACUUGAAAGCGGCGAAAAUGUGCCAUUCGUCAUGCGUGCUAAACUGGCCAUGAAACAUUUUGUUGAAAAAGCGGGAUUCUGGGGAAUCCUUGCCUGUGCUUCGAUUCCCAAUCCGCUGUUUGAUCUUGCCGGUCUAACUUGUGGCCACUACUUGAUUCCGUUUUGGACGUUUUUUGGUGCUACCCUCAUUGGAAAGGCUGUCGUCAAAAUGCACAUUCAGCAGCUAGCAGUAAUUGUGGCAUUCAACGAGGAAUUGUUGGACAAAGUGAUCAGUUUGUUAGCAAUAAUACCCUACGUGGGAUCGAAGUUUCAGCAACCACUUAAGAAGUACCUAAUUGAGCAGAAGCAGAAGUUACAUGAUAAAACGUCAACGGAUGGAGCAACUACGAUAUCAUGGUUGUUUGACAAAUUUGUAAUACUGAUGGUGUGUUACUUCCUGGUGACGAUCAUUCACGAAUUGGCCCGCAGCCAUAAACGCAGACGUACAAAAGCCUCCUCCGAUUGAAGUUUAGUGAAAAUAGAAUAAAAUAGCUCAAGGGCUAAGAGAAGAUCCUGAGGGAUCGGAGGGAAAGGACAAUUGAAACUACUAGGUAUUGCAUCAAUAUUGAGUCGACGAACAUUCUGCGGAAGAUUCUUCACAUUUGCUAGUGUUUUGCGGGGCCAAAAGAGGCAAAAUACUUUUUACAAAUUUGCAUCUCCAUCGCAAAGUCAGUUUUUCGAGAAAGAAUUGUUUCCUUUUACAAAUAUUCGAAAAUCAAAUAUAUCACCGAUAUUCAAGCAGAACCUGUUAACGGAUUGUCUUUGCAUUAAAUGAUCCUGUUAGUUUCAUUUUUCUUUUAGUCGUGACAAAUUGUUUCUGUAUAAACUACUAUCGCUUAUCUUUUCAAAUAACUUGUAUAAACGUUGUUAUUACAUUCAGUGUCGUACGACCUGUGCAUUGUUAAAAGUGUUCUGCUUUUUUGGCUCGCCUUAUCUGUUAACAUUUUGAUACCUGCAUAGCUAGAUUACCUAGUUCUAUGCUGUCGAAACAUUGAUUUUGCACACGGUAUAGAAGCAACAGAAAUCCUGCUUCUUUUUGUCCAGUCAAAACUUCUUGUAGUUAAAAACGUAGCGCAGAUUGUUGAUACGAGAAAUAAUUAUAUACGAGCUUCUUAUUUAUUGUCUGUAUAUUGCAAGAGACUUUAAAUCUAAGAAGUCAAUAUUUGUGCAGUGUUAAUUUUUUUGUAAGAAAUCAACUGUAGAGGUAAAUGAAUGACAAUUGUAAAAGAAACAUAUUUGUAUGGAACAAGCGGACCCUUUUAUACAGUUAAUUUAAUCUUUCGGUAUCGUCUUUUUAUCAGACGCAACAACAUCGAACAUUGUGAAUUCAACUAUUAAUUUAAAAGGAGUUAAAGAGAGGUGAGAUAUAAAGAAACAUGUAAAAGAAUGUAAGCGAAAUGUAAUUUUUAUCAUUAGCAUAUUUUUUAUCUAAUACCACUUUUUUGCAAGGACAUCUUAACGAUUGGCAAUGAGUCCAGCCAAUUAAUUCAGGGAAAAUUCACUGUGUGGUAUGAUGUGCUUCGGAUAUAGCAAUGUAAUUAAAUUUGACAUACUACUUGUAAAUUGUGAAAACUUGUAAACUGAGCAGUUUAAAUAAUUGUGUGCUUGCAUAAAAAAUGUAUACAUUGGUAAAAAUUAAUAUUAAUCAGAUAUCAUAUAAUAAUUAUGACAUAACUUCAUCAAAUAUCAAUUGGUUCAAAUAUCUUUUAUCUAUUCGAUCAUUUUUUAUUGUCAUGGAGAAAAUGUAUAGAAAGAUAUUCUGAUGACCGAGAGAAAUUAUUGUCAUUUACAUUCCUAUUAAUUAUAAAGACAUUCUUAUUUACUUAAAUGAUGGUUACAAGUUUAGGCGCUUUAAUAAUGUAUAGUUGGUUGCGGGGAUCCGUGUAAAUUUCCGAAAUCUGAAGACUUGAACAAUAGGAUUUGUUUUAUAAUAAAGAAACACAGAGUUACUGAUAAUUCGUUUUAUAUAAUAAGAAUACCGAAUUACGAAAUAAUUGUUUUUCGAACCAUAGGUAUGUUAAAUAGAGACUUUCGGUAGAAAAAAAUAUUCCUUACUAUAGGCGUGUAGCGAGUGAGAAUGCUUUUUGUUCUUUUCGUAUUCCGCUCUGAAAAAUAUUCAAGUACAAUCGUGAAAACUAAUUAUAAUUAUUUCUUGUUUACACUUCAGUUGAAUUAAAUUUUAAACUCGUCCACUUCUUGUCGUUAGUUAUAUACAUAUACAAGCUCAACAUACAGUGUAAUUAUAUUUAAUUCUCCUUACUAGAAAAUGAGAAAACUAAAACAUUCUAUGACUUUA